AUGGUCAUGUCCGCCUUUGACAGAUUCAUGGACUCGCAGUUCGCCAAAUAUGAUCCAGGAAAAACGCUGACGCUCUAUCCCCACAAGGUAGUCGAACCAUAUGGCCUGGAACAUUACGACAACCCACCGAAACUGGCUGUUCCAGAGGGCCAUCUCCGUGACUUCGAUCCCAAGGCUCACAGCCCCAAGACACGCGGCUCUGUUGAAGUCAUCGAGCUUCUAUCAGGUGGCAUCGGCGGCGGCGCUCAAGUCCUGCUGUGCAAAGUUUCGGAACAACCCGCUGAAUACAGACCGUCCCACGCUCCGUUCCCGGAGCCGCAAAGAUACGUCGUCGCCAAAAUCUUCGAUCCCAUGUUCUUCCCGGGCGACAAUGGAGUCCUCUCUGCGCUGGCUGGGAACGAUGUUCUCGCCGAGCAGCUCCUGAGCCGCGAGUCCGGAGCGUACGAGUACCUCUACGACAGGGGAAAGCCCAAAGCCCCUCCAUCCGAUUCCAAGGGAAAGGGCAAGAAGCAGGAAACCAGGAACACAAUUACCGGUCACCCCAACCUCAUCCCCCAGUACUACGGAACCUGGGCCAUCAGGUUUGGGAUGGGCAAGGGCAAGUACAGGGAGGCCGGCCUGGUUCUGAUGGAGUACAUUGAGGGCCACGCCAUUGAAGAGCUUUGCUAUAGGGAGGAAGACGACGGCUAUCUUCUCCCGGUCACCGAAGAGGUCAUCUUCCACGACUUCGCCGGCUUGGCAGGCACGAUCCAGCCCAGGAAGGUAAAGUUAACCGAGCCUUUCCGGCUGAAGGCCUUUCGCGAGAUACUCCAUCAUCUCGUGGUCCACAUGCACCUCGGCGUGGAACACGCCGACUUCAUCCCGGCAAACGUCAUCAUCACCCUUCGCAACCACGGGGGAGUCACCGGUGUACGCGAGCUAGAUGAACCGCGGCCCGUCUUGCUUGAUCUUACCCUGACAAAGGUAUGGCGCAAGACAAAGUAUGCGCAAGGCCCCGGCAUGGGGCGGCACUGUCUCGAGUGGCUUCCCAACCCCCCUCACCCAAUGGAACGAGCGUCUCCCCAGGGUAUGGAGCUGUACAUUGGCUGGUUCGACGCCGAGUGGUCGAAAGAGCGGUUCGAGGAAUGGUUGGUGCAAGAGUUUGGCCCUCUGGAGGAAGGCUCGGAGGAAGGCUCAACUGGAAAGUACUCUACGUUUGCCACGCUGGAUAAGUUAGAGGCCGAUUAUUUCAAGAAGAAAGAUGAGAAGGCGAAGGAGAAGAUGAGAGCUGAGCAGGACGAGGCAGUCAGGGUCAUGGCUUCUGCGAGUCACAAGGCCAGCGACGAGCGCGAUGGUGGGCCGGCAUCGUCGGCGAAGGAGGAGUCGACAGCUCAGCAGGACAAGGCAGUCAGAGUCAUGGCUUCUGCGAGUCACAAGGCCAGCGACGAGCGCGAUGAUGGGCCGGCAUCGUCGGCGACAUUGAGCAUCAGGCCCUCUCCGCGGGCCAACUGGCGCGCGCAAGACUCACAAAGCCGAGCAAACCCUCCCUCCACAAGCCGUCGACAGCAGAACCGAUCCGACGAGUCCACCUCGACGGAGAGUGGCGAAGAAGGCAUCCCACGCAGCUUGUACCGGAAGCUCCAGGAAGCGAAACUCGCAGCCAGCGAGAGCAGUUUUGGCAGCUCGCCCUCCCCUCGGUCGACGCCCCGCUCGGCGCAGAAGCCGGUGGAGAACGAGGAGGAGAUGGAUACCAUUGAGGAGGAAUAG